AUGACGCGCGCACGAGGAGGGGCGGGGCCGCGGCCGCGGCCGCCCCGGCCGCGCGCGUGCUUCGUCCUCCUCGCGCUGACGACGUGCGCGCUGUUGUUAGGAGGCGCGCGGACGCGAGCCCCGGAGAGAGACCCGGCGCCGGCGUCGUCGUCCGCGCCGCGGGUCCGGACGGCGAGGGCGCUUCUUCGAUCGGACGACGACCCCGCGGAUCUCGUCGCCCUCGACGCGUCGUCGUCGUCGUCGUCCUCCUCCUCGCCGCGCGUCGCCGCGCUCGGGUCCGACGCGGUCGCGGUCGCCGACGCCGACGCCGACGCCCCCGCGAGCGCGUCGAACGCGUCGGCGGCCGCGCUCCCCGCCGCGCUCCCCGCCGCGCUCCCCGCCGCGCAUCCGCUCCCGACGAACGACGACGGGACGCUCCGCUACCCGAACGAUAUCACGGGCACGUUCAAAGGGACGUGGCGCUUGAUAAAAAAGCUCGGCGCGGACGGCAACGCGAACGGCACCACGGGCGGUCUGCCGGGGAUGCGCCGCGCGAAGGCGCGCGAGGGAGGAGGAGGAAAGCGGCGAGCGGGAAAGGGAGACGACGACGACGACGACGACGACGACGACGGCGGCGGCGGCGUCGUCGUGAUCCAGCUCGUCUCGCGGUGGAACAACCUCAAGACGGUGCAGUGGACGCGCGCGGACGUCGCGUUCAGGGACGGCGAGUACAUCACGCAGAGGGACGUGCACAUGCGCUUGGACGGCGUGUACGUCGCUCCGACCGGGAUGACGCAUCUCGCGUCCGAGCCGAGCGCGGGGUUCCGCGGCGCCGAGGCGACGUACAACGCGAGCGACCCCGCCGACGUCGACGCGGCCGACGGCGGCUACCGCGAGGCGCUGCGCGUCGCCGCGAGGGACUUCGUGAACGAGCCGUUCAGCACCGAGCGCGCGGUGGCGCUCGCGUGGGAGGGGUCGCUGUCGUCGAGGCCGGAGCACGUCCCGGGGAGCCCGCACCUGUCGCAGAUGCGGCGAAAGGAGCGGUCGCGGCGACGAGAGGAGGCGGGGGUCGGGACGUACCCCGGACGGUGCGCGUUCACGAUGAAGACGUGGGUGACGCCCGGGAGGUUUAAGCCCGUCAGCGACGCGUUCGGGAACGGCGGGGAGUUUGACGAGGAGGAUCAGCCCGCGAACGGCGUCGAGGGCGUCGGCGUCGACGGCGAACGCGCGCGACGCGUCAAGUCGCGGCGGCGGCGGCGGCGGUCGUCGGCGGAUAAGGUGCGUUCUAUACACUGGUCCCCAUACCACCGCGUCCGCGUGGUGAACGCCAUUCCUUAA